UUGCUCAACUGGUUCUCUGCACAGUGCCGUAAAACGCUGUAUAACAUGGCAUUUUCAAGUCAGUUUAAAUAUUUUGGUAAAUGCACCAAGCUCGAUAUUAGCGGUGUCGUGAGUAUCGGGAAAAAUGUCUAUAUUGGUGAUGAUGUCACGAUUAUUGUGGAAAAGGGCGCCACGCUUUGUAUUGGUGAUCACAGUUUUAUUGGUGAAAGCUGUUAUAUCAAAUGUUUUGGUGGCAAGGUGGAAAUUGGACAGAAUGUCAGUAUCAACUCCAAGUCUUUUCUCAAUGGCUGUGGUGGUCUAAGCAUUGGGGAUAACACCCGGAUUGGCACACAAAGUAUUAUGAUCGCCAGUAACCAUAAGUUUGAUGAUCCUGAGGUUUUGGUCAAAGACCAAAUUACCAAACAGGGGAUUCAAAUUGGUGAAAACAUUUGGUUUGGUGCUCGAGUAACUGUGCUUGAUGGCGUCAAUAUCGCCAAUAAUGUGGUCGUGGGCGCCUGUUCAUUGGUGAGUAAAAGCCUUCCAGAGGCGGGUGUUUACGGCAGUAUUGCUUAUGCGCGUAAAAAAGGUGUGACUAUCGGUGAGCAUUGUCGAAUUUAUAUCAAGAGCUGGGGUUCUGAACCUUUUCUAAUUCAUCUAGGGAAUCACGUUACAGUCACCUCAGGCGUUAAGUUUAUUACUCAUGAUGGUAGUACCUGCCUUGUUUAUGAUGCGCAAGGCAAGCGUUAUCAACGUUUUGCCCCUAUUCAUGUGGGUUCUCAUGUUUUUAUUGGGGUCAAUAGCAUUAUUAUGCCGGGGGUCACGAUUGGUUCAAAUGUGGUGAUUGGCGCAGGUUCAGUGGUGACUAAAGAUAUUCCUGAUAAUAGUGUAGCAAUUGGAGUACCUGCCAAAGUGGUGAGCAGUUUUGAUGACUUUCAAGCCAAAAUUAAAACCACUUGUGCCAGUGACUCUGAGCUUGCAGGGAUUCAGGACUAUACUCAACGUGUGCAGCGUGCGAUUGAGCUUCAAGCACAAAAACAAUCUCAGCUUUAG